UCCCCAUUGUUCCCAAUGGAAGGCGAAGCUCCCCCGCUGCCCACCACCAAGAUGGCCACCACCAGCCCCCCGGAAGAUGGCUGCAUUUGCCUACUGUGUGAAGCCAGGCUGCCCUCAACGAAGAUGGCCGCUCCUCCUUCGCCAUAUCCUGGCUCCGCCAGCAGCAUGUCCAGUCAGGCGUCACUGGCGAGCUACUUAAAUGGGAAUAAGAAGCCGUUAGAUUUCACCUGGGAGGUGAAGGCCAACGACCGAGCCUAUCACAAGCAGUUCAAGAAGAAAGCCGCCUUCUGCCUGACCAGGGAGAAGUACGCGGAUAACGCCAUCCGGACAGCCAAGUACAAUGUCCUGACCUUCCUGCCGCUCAACCUCUACGAGCAGUUCCACCGCCUGGCCAACCUCUACUUCCUCUUCGUUAUCCUCUUGCAGACCAUUCCAGAAAUCUCCACCCUGCCCUGGUUCACCCUCCUGCUGCCCCUCAGCUGCCUCCUCCUCAUCAGAGGCCUGCGGGACCUGAUCGAUGACAUUGCCCGACAUCGGAGUGACUGGGUGAUCAACAGCACGCCCUGCGAAAUCUUGGUGGGGAAAAGGUUAGGGGCCUCAAGAAAGCUCCGGCUGGAAACUAGAGAUGAAAACUCUCUUUCUGCCACCACGUUCUCCUCCCAGCUGUGCUUGAAGACGCAGCGGAAAGGGCGGGACAUCUGUGUCGGGGACAUCGUCUGCCUGCGCAAGGACAGCGUCGUCCCGGCCGACCUGCUGCUGCUGUCCAGCUCGGAGCCCAGCAGCCUGUGCUACGUGGAGACGGCCGACAUCGAUGGGGAAACCAACCUGAAGUUCAGACAGGCCCUCCUGGCCACGCACCAGGAGCUGGUGAAUGAGGCGAGCAUGGCUGCCUUUGACGGGAAAGUGACCUGCGAGGAGCCCAACAGCCGCAUGCACAGCUUCAUCGGCACACUGGAGUGGAGGGGCCAGAAGUACUCGCUGGACAGCGAGAAGAUCUUGCUGCGUGGCUGCCGGAUACGCAACACCGAGGUCUGCUACGGCCUCGUCAUCUAUGCGGGGUUUGAUUCCAAAAUUAUGAAAAACUGCGGGAAGAUCAAGAUGAAGAAAACCAAGCUGGACCGCUUGAUGGACAGGCUGGUGAUCAUCAUCUUCGUGAUGCUGGCCAUUACGUCGUUCUGCCUCGCCGUGGGUGCUGGAUUCUGGGCCGUGAAGUUCCACAAGGAGCACAGCUACCUCUCCGCUUUGUACGAGACCACCAGCCCCGCCGAGCAGGCCUUCUUCGCCUUCUGGGGCUUCAUGAUCCUGCUGAGCAUUAUCAUCCCGAUGGCCAUGUACAUCACGUUGGAAUUCAUCUACAUGGUGAACAGCUGUUUUAUCGACUGGGACGUGGAGAUGUAUUACCCUGCCAAUGACACGCCGGCAAAAGCCAGGAGCACCAGCCUUAAUGACCAGCUGGGCCAGAUCGAAUACGUCUUCUCGGACAAGACGGGCACCUUAACGCAGAACAUUAUGACCUUCAAGAAAUGUUGCAUCAAUGGGAUCAUCUAUGCUGGAUCUGCUGACAGCGAACACAAACCUUCGGCGGCCGGGCUGAGCUGGAACCCGUACGCGGACAGCAAGGCGGAGUUCCACGACCCCUCGCUCCUGGAGGCUGUCCUGCGCAACGACGACCCGGUGACCAGGGAGUUCCUGCGGCUGCCGGGCCUCUGCUACGUCUUCCUGUCCCGGACGCAGGACACCAUCACGCUGAGCGAGCUGGGCACGGAGCGGACGUACGGCAUGCUGGCCAUGCUGGACUUCAACAGCGUCCGCAAGAGGAUGUCGGUCCUGGGUGAGCCGGCCGGCCGGGGCUGGAGCUUCGCCGAGGAGACCCUGCGCACCUUGUGCCUGGCGUGCAAGGAGGUGGCGGAGGAGGACUACGCCGAGUGGUGCAAGAAGCACCAUGAGGCCAGCGUCCUGUUGGAGAACCGCGCCCAAGAGCUGGACAAGGUGUAUGAGGAGAUAGAGCAGGAUCUCCAGCUCCUGGGCGCCACGGCCAUUGAGGAUAAGCUGCAAGACGGGGUCCCGGAGACCAUCCAGCUGCUCAAACAGGGGAACAUUAAAGUGUGGGUGCUGACUGGAGAUAAACAAGGCUCCGAGCCAGCCUGUGAGAUGCUGGAAGCCUAUUGGGUGAGCAACAACAACCUGGGCAGCAGCGGGGAGCCCCUGUGCCCGGUGCAGCAGCAGCCAAGCGGCCUGUGCCAAGGGAAGAUGGCCUUGGUCGUCACCGGGGACUUCCUGGAGCGAGUCCUGGGCACGGGGGAGAAGGUGAAGACGGAGGAAGGUUUCUGGGCCCGGCAGGCCUGCUGCAAGGCCAGGAUGCAGCCGGCGGCAGAGAGUUUGGUGGAGAAGGCCUUCGUGGACCUGGCCACCAGCUGCCAGGCCGUGAUCUGCUGCCGGGUCACGCCCAAGCAGAAAGCCCUCAUCGUGCAGCUGGUGAAGAGGCACCGGAAAGCCAUCACGCUGGCCAUCGGGGACGGCGCCAACGACGUGAACAUGAUCAAGACUGCUGACAUUGGGGUUGGCAUCAGCGGGCAGGAGGGCAGGCAGGCAGUCCAGUGCAGCAACUACGCCCUGGCUCAGUUCUGCUACCUGCAGCGGCUGCUCUUUGUCCACGGCCGCUGGUCCUACCUGCGCAUCUGCAAGUUCCUCCGCUACUUCUUCUACAAGACCUUCGCCGGCAUGAUGGUGCAGAUCUGGUUCGCCUUCUACAGCGGCUUCACGGCCCAGCCUCUGUAUGAGCCCUGGUUCCUGGCCCUCUACAACGUCUUCUACACCGCCUACCCCGUGCUCUCCAUGGGACUGACGGAACAGGACGUGAGCGCCAAGAGGAGCCUGCAGGUCCCCGAACUCUACAAAGUGGGCCAGAGAAACGAGCUCUUCAACUACCGGGUCUUCUGCCUGACCUUCCUCCACGGCACGGCCACCUCCCUGGGGAGCUUCUUCAUCGCCCUGCUGGCCUUCAGAGACGAGGUCAGCAGCAAGGCCACCAACGACUACCAGGCCUUUGCCGUGACCGUGGCCACCUCGGCCUUCCUGUCUGUCAUUGUGGAGAUCGUCAUGGACAUUAAGUUCUGGACCGUCCUGACCUUCCUGACCAUCACAGGCAGCUUCCUCUUCUUCUGCUUCUUCUCCUUUUUCACCCAAAAUUUCCUUGUCUUCAGAGCAGCCCCGUCCUACUUCCGCUUUCCAGAUGCCUCCCGGGUUGCUCUGACCGACCCGUACAUCCUGUGCAUCGUCCUGCUCUCCGUGGUGGUGAACACGCUCCCCGCCCUCACCGUCCGCCUGCUCCGCGCCAUCACAAGCGCUGGGGCCGCUCGGGAGAAGGUCCGUGCCAGGGACACGCGGGUGGCCGAGAAAACGGUGGAGCUGCAGACGCACUUCCGCCGGGGCUCCUUGCUGCGGCGCUCCAGCUACGCCUUCUCCCACAAGGAGGGCUACGCCGACCUCAUCACCAAGGGGGCCAGCCUGCGGAUCAAGGGCUCUAGGAACCGGCCCUCGCUGGGGGCCAUCAGCAGCCAGAGCUUGCAGCUGACCACGCGGGAGGACGUCAUCACCACCAUCCCCUCAAGCCCACGGAUCUUCCUAAAGGAGGACAAUUAGCGGGAUCGGCAGCGUCACGCGACUUUGGGCCUUGGGCGGCCUGCUGGGUCUGGAGCCUGUGGAGCGGGAGAGCCAGCCGGGCACCGAACUCGCUGCACGGCUCCUUUAAGAGUAACAGGUUCCUAUUUUCUGCCUCCUUCGCCAGCCUCCGCCGAGUGCCAGGGACGCCCAGUGGCCACCAGUGUUAUUGGCCGGCGGGACUGAUCUGCGGCUCUUGCUGCUGUAUCCAGGGUCUGAUCCACAGCUGCUGUCAGGGAGGAGCAGGGGGAAGAGCCCAGCCAGGACCAGUCGUGCUCUGAGCAGCUGCGUCUUUCCUACGCUGCGCUCAGACUUCGGGCUUACCAGGAGGACCCAGAGGCUGAUGGCCUCUUCCUGCCCCAGAGACCCCUCUAGCAGCCCCUGCAUUGUAACGAAUGCGCGGGCGCCGCUGUGCGCCGCUGCCCUCUCCUGGAGGGACUUGGAGUUGUGCCAACUUUGGGUCAUAGCCCCUCUACUGUUCCCAGGGAAUCUUUCUGACCGUAGGAGACCAAGGCCUGGGUCUUUGGAGGAGGAGGAUAGGGAUCUUGUGUCUGUGGCGGCUGAGACUGUGCGAGCAGCCAGCGCCGCAGCUGAGCAAGCCGUGGGGGUGGCCCUGGCCUGUUCGGGUACAUUCAGCGGGCUACAUGAAUAAAGGGCAGCGGU